AUGAAGUUUGAGGGUACCGAUAGGUUUCGUAUUACCACAUACCAUAUGCACACAUGUGGAGUACAACAUCUUACAAGCCAUCAUCGACACGCAACCGCUGAAGUCGUUGCUAAACACACUGAAAAUAAGUUUAUCGAGUGGAACAGUCUAUCUACAAGAGAAAUUAAGGAAACAAUUCGUGUAGAAUUACGAUGCAAGAUUAGUUACUGGAAGUGUCUGGUGGGUAGUAAUAUUGCAAAAUCUUUGACAAGAGGAACACCAGAACACGGAUAUGAAGUUAUAGAUAAGUACCGUCAUAUGAUUCAUGUUACAAAUGAAGGAAGCAAGACAGUUUUGAAGGUUGAUUCUCGUGGCAGAAAAGUCCUAGCUGUUGAUGGAACCCAUUUGUUUGGAAAGUAUGACGGAGUGUUGUUGUCUACUGUGGCACUGGAUACAGAACAUCACAUAUUCCCCGUGGCAUUUUAUGUAGUAAAUUCGGAGUGUGAUGCGUCGUAUCAAUACUUUUUUGAACAAUUGCUCGAGAUCAUCCCCAACACUAAUGAGUUGUGCAUAAUUUCUGAUAAACAUCCAUCUAUAAAGAAAGCAGUUUCAAAUAUUUAUACUGAAGCUCAUUAUGAAGCUUACAUGAGGCACCUUGGUGAAAGCAUCAGCAAAAACUUUCACUGUGGAGAUUGGAUGCACCAUUUUUAUGAUGCAGCGAAAGCAUAUCGGAGGGACGAGUUUAAUGAUGAUUUUCAACAAAUCAAAGAUUUGGAUAUGACCGUCGCCAAAUAUCUUGAGGAUGUUGGUUUUCAUAGAUUGAGUAAAGCACACUUCCCUGCCAACAGUGCAGAUUCUUAG